AUGGCGGAAGAAAAAGAGCAGAGUGCCGGAGUGUUCGCCCUUUUGGUGACCUUGAAGAUCCUGGGUGUCCUCCUCUCUCUGUACCUCUUCCUCUUUGGUCUUGACUUGAUGGGUGGCUCCUUCAGUGCGCUUGGCAGCAAAGGGGCUGGAAAUUUGUUCACCUUCUCGGACAAUCCUAUUGCAGGCCUCAUGGUGGGCAUCUUGGCGACAGUUUUGGUCCAAAGUUCCUCCACCAGCACCAGCAUCGUGGUCGGCUUGGUGGGCGCGGAUGUGCUUUCUGUGACCCAGGCGAUUCCCAUUAUCAUGGGAGCCAAUAUCGGCACGUCGGUGACCAAUAGCAUCGUCAGCAUGGCUCAUGCAGGGGACCGCCUGGAAUUGGAACGUGCUUUCUCGGGGGCGACGGUGCAUGACAUGUUUAACAUGUUGUCGGUCUUGACCCUGUUGCCCCUGGAAAUCAUCAUCUCGGCCAUUACCGGAGAAGGAGGUUUGCUGUAUUUCAUCUCCAAAGGGCUGACUGAUGCGAUUAUUGGAGGCGGUGGAGAAUCUGACUUGCGUUUUCCGUCGCCCACCAAAGAGAUCGUCAGCCCUUUCACCAAGCUCUUCCUGUCGAAGGAUAAGAACACCAUCAAGGCCCUCUCCUUCGGCGCGCCCGAGGCGCUGAGUUGUGGCAGCGACUGCACCAAAUACUGUGUCUCUUCAGACAUGAGCAAGGCAUGGAAAAAAGUGGCAAAGGAGGCCUACGCGUCUUUCUUGGUUGCUUGCAGUGGCACCACGACAUGUGAUUCGGGCACUUGUUACACCAAUGCGGGAGAAUUUUUCGACGAGAACAUCAAGACUGGAAGGACCAUAAAAGGUGGUUUCCUGAAAGACGCAGGUGAUGUGGCAGGUGGCAUCAUUGGAUUGAUCCUAUCACUGCUGGUCCUUUGUGGUGCGUUGAUCGUCAUGGUGAAGCUUCUGCACAGCCUGGUGAUGGGCCAGGCGAAGAAGGUCAUCAUGAAGGGAACUCAGAUGAACGACUACUUGGCCAUCUUGGUUGGUCUGGGCAUCACCAUCAUUGUACAGUCCAGUUCUGUUACGACCUCGGCUCUCACUCCCUUGGUUGGCAUUGGCGUUUUGCCGGUGCACAAAAUGCUGCCCAUGACGCUGGGAGCCAACAUCGGCACGACCUUCACCAGCAUGUUUGCGGCCUUGGCGGUGAUGAAGUAUGGCAGUUUACAGAUCGCUUUCUGCCACCUGCUGUUCAACUUGACGGGUAUUUUGAUCUGGUUCCCAGUGCCUGUGAUGCGCCGCGUAGUGCUGCGAGCUGCAUGCACAUUGGGUUUCUAUGCCUCAUACUGGAGGUUGGUGCCACUGAUCUACAUCUUGGUCAUGUUUGUGGCAGUGCCUGGUAUUUGCUUAUUGAUCUCUUUGCUCUACAGCGCCAGUGUGGCAGGUGGAGUCGUAGUGACACUCCUGUUUCUGGGGGCUGUGGCAGGGCUCAUUUUCUGGUGGGUCAAGCUGGGUGGCUGCUACAAAGUGGUGAGCCUUGAGGAGAGGGAGGCGCGAAAGGCAGAGAUGGAGCAGGAGAUGGGCCAGGUCAAGGAUCAAUGCCUGGCGACCGCCGAAGCAGAUGGUCAAACGGCCGAAGCGCCGAACGGAUCUGCCGUCCCAGUGGAGGUUUGA